GGGAUGGGCGCGAUAUCCACCCAGCGAGAUCAAACGCAUCGAGCUGGCGUUCAGGACCGGCGUAUCUAGAGUGCGUCUGAAGAGCGGCAAGGAGGGCAAGACGCCGAUGGAGAUCUUCUUCGUCGACAUGGUGCAGCUGGACCCCCGUCGGGCAACAAGCGCUCGAUCCGCCGCCCCGGCCUCCUGCCCUG